CCUUUCAUAUUCAAAAUGGCCCGUACUAAGCAAACCGCUCGCAAAUCAACAGGUGGUAAGGCUCCAAGGAAGCAGCUAGCUACAAAGGCUGCCAGAAAGUCAGCUUCGGCGACCGGAGGAGUGAAGAAGCCUCAUCGUUUCCGUCCCGGAACUGUAGCUUUAAGGGAAAUCAGAAAGUACCAGAAAUCAACAGAGUUGUUGAUAAGGAAGCUUCCAUUUCAGAGGCUGGUGAGGGAAAUAGCACAAGAUUUUAAGACAGAUCUGAGGUUCCAGAGCAGUGCUGUUGCUGCCCUACAAGAAGCUGCUGAGGCUUACCUUGUUGGACUCUUUGAAGAUACAAAUCUCUGUGCCAUUCACGCCAAGAGGGUCACUAUCAUACCCAAGGACAUUCAGCUUGCUAGGAGGAUUCGUGGUGAAAGGGCUUAGGGUGAAGCUUGUUGUGC